UAUGUUUUCUUACGUAUGAUGGAAAGAGUGCUUACCGGGUGAGGACAUGGAGAUCAGUGGCCUGCACCGGGAGGAGCCCAUUUGGGCUGAACACUGGAGACUUCUGGACAAUCUUAAAACCACAGUGGAAGGGUUGGUGUCUGGUAACAGCCGCAAUGUGUGGUCAAAAUAUGGCGGCCUGCAGAGGCUCUGUCGGGAUAUGAGCAGCAUUCUUCAGCAUGGCCUAAUCAACGACCAGGUUUAUUGUAAGCAGCAGGACUACUGGAAUUUUGUUAAGAGCAGUCAGCGAAUCGGGCCAAAUCUUUCUCCCCAAGUGGAACAGUUCCUGCUCUUCUGUGAAAACAGUCAGAGAAAUGGUGAUGGUACCAGAGAGGAGAAUGGCAAGCUCUGGCUGCAGCACAGCCUUCAGUUCCAUUGUCUAUCUGCUCAGCUAAAAGCCCUUCUCGGGAAUAGGCAGUACACCCGGACAUUCUACUCAGAUUCUGCCUUCUUGUUGAGUGAGACUCACGUCACAGCAAUGUUCCAGUGUCUGGAGGCUGUAGAACAGAAUGACCCCAGGUUGUUGGCCCAGAUAGAUACAUCUGUGAUUGCUGGCAAAAGAGACUUCACAAUUUCAAGGAAGAGUUUGAACCUUCCAACUCUGUCCAUAUCCCCUUGUAUUCCAUACACCGAUAACCUUCAUCGCUCUCUGAAUAAUGGUUCCAGCAGUCUUCCGUCUGCUGAUUUUCUGCCCAGCUUAACAGAUCAGCAAAACAACCUCAAUAAAGUCUGCUUGUCAUUGCCUGAGAAUGAGUCCAUGAUACUUCCAGCAUCUUCCUCUUGUGACUUGUCACCACGGGAGCCAUUUUCCCCUAUCAGUGAAAUGAGUGUCAGCACCCUGACUAGUCACAGUGGGGAAGCCGGCAGCCAGGAAGACCCACCAAGUGAAACAGAUGAUGGUCCUGAAUACUUGGCUAUCGGAAACAUGAGCCGAAGAGCAUCUAACAGUAGCAGUGGCUCAAACUUGUUCCCCAGCAGCUCUCAGAAGCCUGAUGCCACAUGUCCCAUUUCUCCCACCUCUUCUCUUCUAACAGUACCUCGCCGCUCAAGUUUUUCUGAAGGACAAACCUGUAAUGGGUCAAGUCACACCAAAAAGAGCCACAUGCGAUCACACUCUGAUACUAAUGUUGGCAUGGGGAAACUUCAAGGAGGUGGCCGGAAUAUAACCAUAAUUAUGGAAGAUCCUGUGGCAGAGUCUCAUUCAGUGAAAAGUAAUCCUGCCAUUUAUGGAAAAUCAAAUACACUGUCUCCUUAUGUAGAUCAUGACAACACUCAGUAUUUGAGUGCAACUGAUGGAAUAUUUAGGAGACCAUCAAAGGGACAGUCUUUGAUCAGUUAUCUCUCAGAGCAGGAUUUUGGGAGCUGUGCUGAUCUGGAAAAGGAAAAUGCUCAUUUCAGCAUUUCGGAGUCUCUGAUUGCAGCCAUUGAGCUAAUGAAGUGUAACAUGAUGAGUAGGCAGCUUCAAGAAGAGGAAGAAGACAGCGACCGUGAAAUUCGUGAGCUGAAACAGAAGAUCCACCUGCGCAGGCAACAAAUACGAACUCGCCGGACACAGAGCAGCUCGGGAAAUGAAGAGUCGAGCAGCAUGGGUGUAACAGAGAAUGGGUCACAGAUAAGUUCCCAUGACUCCACACAAAUAUCAGACUCUGGCUCAACAGAUGAAGUAGAUCAAAACGACAUCAAAGAUGCUGACAUUAACAAAUCCUCAAGCAGCAGGCCCGUCCAGAGCUCUGAAUCUAUUGGUGUAGCCAUGAACCCUUCCCCACAGGUGUGCUGCUUUGGUUUUAUUAUGGACUGUCCUCUGUUUACUCAUCACAUCCAAUCUUACUCCUUCCUUCAUUCAAACUCCGCUGAAGCUGUGGCCAUGGGUCUCCUGAAGCAGUUUGAAGGAAUGCAGUUGCCGGCUGCCUCGGAGCUGGAGUGGUUGGUACCAGAGCACGAUGCACCACAGAAGCUCCUGCCAAUCCCAGAUUCUGUGCCAAUUUCUCCAGAUGACGGGGAACAUGCAGACAUUUACAAACUACGUAUCCGGGUUCGUGGGAAUUUAGAAUGGGCCCCUCCGCGACCACAAAUCAUUUUUAACAUCCAUGCAGCUCCCACGAGGAAGGUUGCUGUGACCAAGCAGAAUUAUCGAUGUGCCGGCUGUGGCAUUCGAAUAGAGCCCGAUUACAUUAAAAGGCUCCGUUACUGCGAAUACUUGGGAAAGUAUUUUUGCCAAUGUUGUCAUGAAAAUGCCCAGUCUGUCAUUCCUGGCCGCAUCCUGCGUAAAUGGGAUUUCAGCAAAUAUUAUGUUAGUAACUUUUCCAAGGACCUUUUAACAAAGAUCUGGAAUGACCCACUCUUCAACCUGCAGGAUGUCAACAGUGCUUUGUACAGAAAAGUGAGGGCCCUUGAGCAAGUACGACUGCUGAGGAUCCAGCUGGUGCAUUUAAAGAACAUGUUCAAAACAUGCAGACUGGCCAAAAGCGUUCUGGAAUCCUAUGACACUGUAUCUGGACACCUAACUGAGGAUCUCCACCUGUUCUCCUUGAAUGAUCUCACGGCCAUUAAGAAAGGAGAGUUGGUUCAGCAGUUAGGGGAAUUAGUAAGGCUUGGCACUGUACAUGUGGAUAAAUGCAUGUUGUGUCAAGCCAAGGGCUUCAUUUGUGAAUUCUGUCAGAAUGAAAAUGAUGUGAUCUUCCCAUUUGAGCUGAAUAAAUGCAGGAGAUGCGAAGAAUGCAAAGCUUGCUAUCACAAACACUGCUUCCGAUCAGUCCAGUGUCCGAAGUGUGAACGCCUGCGAGCAAGGAGAGAUCUGCUAGCCACACAGAGACUACAGUCCUACAAUUGUGACCAGGAGGAUCUGGAGGAAGAUACACUGAAUGAACAGGGGACACACUGACCGUAUCAAUAUGGCCAUGUUGAUGUAGCAGGGCUAAAUCAUGAGUCAAUUGCAGCAGCCACAUUUUGAGCUUUACUCAUGCUUCAGUAGCUUGUAACCUUGCAUUGCUUUCCAACAAAUAGAGGGAGGCUGUAUGAACCCACUGAUUGCCAAAACAUGUGCAUAAUAUAUUGCUGUGCUCAUCCAUCCGACAGAGUUAAAGGUUCACUCCCAGUUCGUGCACACCUUUUCCUCAUUUGUGUUGUAUGUGUAUUUUUGUCCAAAUUCUAAAACCUCUAAUUAAUAAUUCCACUUUGCACAGAUUUUUUUCUCUUCUCAGCCUCUACCAAACUGCAUGUAUAUCCAAAACAAAACGAAUGGCUCAGCAAUGUAGUGCAUUAUACAUUAUUCCGUCAUAUGCCCCAAUGAAGCAACCCACCUGAAAGGAAUUAUCUUUGCACUAACCAGCAGACUACAAAACACUAUCCAUUAAGAAAAAAAACCCCGUCAUUCAAGAUUUCACCUUCCGUCCUCUGAAACUGCUUAUUUCUGAGCUAUUUUCCAUGUUGCACUAAAGUAAAAUGCAAAGCAAAUAGGGCAGCUGGUGCUUGAUGGGAAGUAUCCUCUUUCCAAAAGAUGGAAUUGUGUUACCACAGGGUAACUUGUUCUAUCUAAUACAAGACAUUUUCAUGUGACGCUUCCUCUGUCGCAUGCUUGUUGUGUACCAUGCUAUGUUGAAAGCUGGGCAAAAGAGGCAACUUAAUUGGCUUUAAUAAUAGUUAAGAAUGGGACAGUUUGGAUACUGUGGAAUUUUUCACUCUCUGUAAAUGACUUAAAAGAACUUCCCACAUAGUGGUCCACACUUUAAACUGUAAUCAGGAAGGUGGUGUGGGGGUUAAAACUGUGAUGUCCCCAUUGUCAUUGCACUAAGAUGGGACUUUGGCUGUGUCAGGAAUUCCAGACAUGGAUGAGAUGUAUUUCAUUGCAAACUCAAGUGUAACAAAGUGUUUAAGUGCUAACAUUAGACAUGCCAUUGCAAACAUCCUAUAGUGCUGCUGCUGUCUGACUUGCCUGCUUCAUGGACUACAGGAUAUCGAUGAUGGAAAAUAUAUGCAAAUUUGGGACACAGCCUUGCCUCUUUGGCCGCAAAGACUUAACUUGAUCAGACUGACAGGAGCAGGAGUGUUGUGGCUCUCAUGACCUUCUGUAGUAUUGCACUAAUGUACUAAAUGAUUGUAUAAUUAACAAUAGUAUUGAAUGUCCAAUAUAUGAAGCCACGUAUUCUCUGGUGCACAAGUGUCUGCACAGUAUACAUUUCUUGCAGAUGACCUUGGUAUGGAGUGUUUUGGUCUCUUUACUUAUAUAUCUUAUCUAAUUGCACUUUGAUAAUCUGUGUUUAAAGUGGUAUAUUUAUCUGGAGCCUUGCAUUGUGCGCGUAAGUAUGGAAAGCUAAUAAUGGAGUGUUCUCUUGAUUUCCAUUUUUUCUACUGUAUUCUGACUAACUAUUCGUUGGUAUGAAGGUGCAGAGCUCGGCAAAAGCUUUCUGACAGAGAGAGCAGCACUUUAUUAAUGAAACAGUCCUUUAAGGUUUUGCCAAAUAGAUAUCAAUGUAUGUCAGUCAAUACUCCAUCCUCUGUUUGUCAUUUUACACUCCA